ACAGGUCACGAGGAAAACAAACAAGAUGGCGACACACGUGAUGGCGUUUUGAGGUCGCGGAGCCUGUCAUGCGGGUGAAGGACAUAGUUUUUACAACUUCUGUGGACGAGGAUAACCAGUCAAGAUGGUAGACAUUCUGCCGUGGCUCGACGAACACCUAUAUGUGCCGAUCCUCGGUGGACUGGCGUUGGUGGCCAUCAUUGCUGUCAUUGUCUGGUGCUGUGUCCGCAAGUGUAGGAACAGGUACAAGUUUCCGUAUCAACGGAUCGGAGAGUAUGAUGUUGCCCUCUCAGAGAAAAUGGAGAGAGAAAAGCAGCAGAAAAUAAUAGCAGUGAGAGAUUCUGCAUUCAUGAGCUGCCAGUUCUACCUGCGAUCUCACCCCCAGUAUGACAACGUCCAGCAGCUGAAGGACCUAGGGAGCAGGAUCGACAAGCACUGGUUCCGUGUGCGUGACAGUCGGCUGAAGGUGGACCGUGUUCUCACCACCAUCCCCAGCAACCUGAAGAUGGUGCUUCCCUUCACUCCAGCCACCAGCAAGGUCCUCAAGGAUCUCUUCAGCCUCCUCCAGCACCCGUAUGUGUUCGCCAUCUCCGAGUUAAACUUUUCGGUGGAGCAGAUGUGCAUCAUUACUGUCCAGCCAAUCAGCAUGCGGGGAUCUCUGAAGGAUGUCAUCUACCAGCGUAAGUUUACGGAAAGCUGGUAUGAAAAAUACAGUCAGAGAAAUCGCGGACUGAGUCUUCAGCAGAUCCAGCUGUAUGGCCGACAGAUCCUGGAGGGGCUGUUGUAUUUAGAAGAAAAGGGAUUUCCACCACACAGCAACAUUCACUCGGGCAACAUCCUGUUUGAAGAUGGAGUGUGCAAAGUAACGGGGUAUGAAAACAUCUUUUUGGGCAACACAUCCAGAGUGUAUUCUCUCAUAAGGAAGAAACUGAAAGGAGAGAACAAAGAGGCCAUUGACACUCUGUCCUUUGGUCACCUGCUGUUUGAGAUGUGUUUUGGUUUUGAGCUGGAUGCUCCCCAUCCCGAACCCCAGAACCUAACGGGCCACCAGUCGCCCAUCAUAGUCGAGGUGAUGAACUUCAUAUUUGAACCCGAGUCUGGAAAGUAUCCCACUUUACGAGAGGUGUCCCAGCACAUGUUCUUCAGCAGCAUCCGGCUCCAGGAGAUGAUGAUGUACAACCCAGCACCCAUACAUCUGAGUGGCACGAUGAAGAGUCUUCUGAAGACAGUCAGGAAGGGGAAGUCAAAAUCAAAGUCAAAAUCUGGUACAGAUAAGAUGAAGUCUGAGUCCAAGAGAGUGUCAAGAUCUGCUUCUGUGUCCUCAGUGACCAAUACAACUCCACCCCCACCUCCUCCCCCUCCCGGUCCCCCACCACCCCAGGGCCCCCCACCGCCACCCACACCCCCACCCCAGCCAUCCACCUCAACCUCUAGUCCCAGUAGGGGUGCUCUCCUGGGAUCCAUCAGACAGGGCCAAAGACUCAAGAAGACCAUCACUAAUGACAGGAGCACACCACGAGUUUGAACACUACUCAUGGACAUCUGGCACAGGACAUGGACAUCUGGCACAGGACAUGGACAUCUGACACAGGUCAUGGACAUUUGACACAGGACAUGGACAUCUGACACGGGACAUGGACAUCUGACACAGGUCAUGGACAUCUGACACGGGACAUGGACAUCUGGCACAGGACAUGGACAUCUGACACAGGUCAUGGACAUUUGACACAGGACAUGGACAUGUGACACAGGACAUGGACAUCUGACACGGGACAUGGACAUCUGACACGGGACAUGGACAUCUGGCACAGGACAUGGACAUCUGGUGCAGGUCAUGGACAUCUGACACAGGUCGUGGACACCUGACACAGGUCAUUGACAUCUGGUGCAGGUCAUGGACAUCUGGUGCAGGUCAUGGACAUCUGACACAGGUCGUGGACAUCUGGCACAGGUCAUGGACAUCUGGCACAGGUCAUGGACAUCUAGCACAAAUCAUCGACAUCUUACACAGGACAUGGACACCUGACACAGGUCAUGGACAUCUGGUGCAGGUCAUGGACAUCUGGUGCAGGUCAUGGACAUCUGGUGCAGGUCAUGGACAUCUGACACAGGUCAUGGACAUCUGGCACAGGACAUGGACAUCUGGCACAGGACAUGGACAUCUAGCUCAGGACAUGGACAUCUAGCUCAGGACAUGGACAUGCAACAUGCAGAGCAGUGUAAUGAAGCUGCUGAAUUGAGGAAUCCAGAGUGAACUUGUAGUCCUCAAAGUAUCCUGAUAUGACAGUAGCCGUAUCACAGGGGCAUCAUUGGUCAUUGGAUGAUACAAUGUACCCAUAUUUGUGGAUUGAUAUAGUUACUGAAGACAAUACAAUGUUUCUGAAGACAAAGAUACUCUCUCUGUUGAUGGGUAUGUGUCCAGCUCCCUUUGACCGUGUCCAGCUCAACCUUGACACCACCUUGACAUCUCGACACUGACUGAAGCACAGUGUCAACACAGCCAGGCCUUCAGGAAGUUCACUGUCACAGAAUUGACUGUUCACUUUGUAUAUAUGAUUAACUCUAUUGUCAUGAUGAAGAUUUGCCCACUGUGCUUUCAAGUCCUCAUGCAAUCUCUUUUGUAUGAACGGUGAUCUGUUAGAUGUUGUAGUUACCCAAUACUGUAGAUUGGAACCAGCAGUUGGUUCCAGUGGUAUAGGCAUACUGUACACAUCAGUCUCUGGACAUACAGUACAAUUUAGUCCCUAGACAUACAGUACACAUCAGUCUCUGGACAUACAGUACAAAUUAGUCUCUGGGCAUACUGUACACAUCAGUCUCUGGACAUACAGUACAAUUUAGUCCCUAGACAUACAGUACACAUCAGUCUCUGGACAUACAGUACAAAUUAGUCUCUGGGCAUACUGUACACAUCAGUCUCUGGACAUACAGUACAAUUUAGUCCCUAGACAUACAGUACACAUCAGUCUCUGGACAUACAGUACAAAUUAGUCUCUGGACAUACCGUACACUUUAGUCUCUGGGCAUACAGUACACAUUAAUUUCUGGACAUACAGUACACAUCAGUCUCUGGAAAUACAGAACACAUUAGUCUCUGGAUGUACAGUACACAUUAGUCUUUUGACACAAGUACACAUUAGUCUCUGGAUGUACAGUGCACUUUAGUCUCUGGACAUACAGAACACAUUAGUCUCUGGACAUACAGUACACAGUCUCUGGACCUACAGUACACAAUAGUCUCUGGACAUACAGUACACAUUAGUCUUUUGACACAAGUACACAUUAGUCUCUGGAUGUACAGUACACAUUAGUCUUUGCAUGUACAGUACACUUUAGUCUCUGGACAUACAGUAUACUUUAGUCUCUGGACGUACAGUACACAGUCUCUGGACAUACAGUUCUCAUUAGUCUGGACGUACAGUACACAUUAGUCUCUGGACGUACAGUACACAUUAGUCGCUGGACAUACAGUACACAUUAGUCUCUGGACGUACAGUACACAUUAGUCUCUGGACAUACAGUACACAUUAGUCUCUGGACGUACAGUACACAUUAGUCUCUGGACAUACAGUACACAUUAGUCUCUGGAUGUACAGUACACAUUAGUCUCUGGACAUGCAGAACACAUUAGUCUCUGGACGUACAGUACACAUUAGUCUCUGGACGUACAGUACACAUUAGUCUCUGGACGUACAGUACACAGUCUCUGGACGUACAGUACACAUUAGUCUCUGGACGUACAGUACACAUUAGUCUCUGGACGUACAGUACACAGUCUCUGGACGUACAGUACACAUUAGUCUCUGGACGUACAGUACACAGUCUCUGGACAUACAGAACACAUUAGUCUCUGGACGUACAGUACACAUUAGUCUCUGGACGUACAGUACACAUUAGUCUCUGGACGUACAGUACACUUUAGUCUCUGGACAUACAGAACACAUUAGUCUCUGGACGUACAGUACACAUUAGUCUCUGGAAGUACAGUACACAUAAGUCUGUGUCAUGCAGGCACAGUUGCAAUAUCAGAAUAUAUUUUUCCAAUUCUAGAGCCAGUUAAUGACGUGCAAUGUAUCCAUUGACCAUCAGUCUCUGGACAUGCAGUACACAUUAGUCUGUGUCAUGCAGGCACAGUUGCAAUAUCAGAAUAUAUUUUUCCAAUUUAAGAGCCUGUAAAUAAUGUGCAAUGUAUCCACUGACCAAAUCCUGUAAAACCCUUUAUGUACAAUUCACCAGAACCUGCCUUCUCUUGCAUCAAUGGUAACCUCUUUGACUGUCCAAUCA